UGGACAUCAAACGAGAAGUGCUCACACAGUGUUUGUCUGCAGAGUUUCACACCAACUGACAAGAAGACAACAGCUCUGAGUUCAGGAUGGACAGGAAACGUACUUGUGUGAAGCUGUCGGUCCAGCCGUCCAGAGGGCUCAUGGACGAGAAGUUUAUCGUCCUAGUCGAGAACGUCUUCCCGGGUUUCCAGCUGACCGUCUACGCCCUCUACCAGUGUGAAGACGGACACAGCUGGGAGGCGUUCGCUCACUACACCGCCAACGCCAGCGGGACUGUGAACGUUUCCGAGGAUCCCAGUCUGGGCGGGACUUAUUCUGGGGUUGAACAGAUGGGUCUAAUGUGGAGCCUCAGACCAGUUCCAGGCAGCAAACCAGGGCUCAGGAUGAGGAAGAUGAACGUCCAGACUCCCAUGGAGGUCAAAAUCUUGGUGUACCCGGGUCACCUGACUGAGGGCUUCGUGGACAAGGUGCCGCUGGCCGGUGUGGUGGUGGAGCGCUGGUACAUGGCGCCCGGCGUCCGCAGGAUCCCGAUUACAGAGGCCGGACUCACUGCGACCCUCUUCCUCCCCUCAGGACCCGGACCGUUCCCCGGCCUCCUGGACCUGUGGGGGGGUGGAGGACAGCUGGUGGAGUACCGCUCAGCGCUGCUGGCCUCCCACGGCAUCGCCUCCAUGGCCCUCGACUACCUGACACCUAAAAUUACCAAGGAAACCGGGAAGAUGGUGGACAACGAGUACUUUGAGACGGCCUACAGAGUCUUGGAGCAGCAUCCUCAGAUCCUCGGCAGCAGGAUCGCCAUGUUGGGCCUUUCCUUCGGCACCUGUGUCACCCUCAGAAUGGCCAUUUACUCCCAAGUUUUUAAGCUCAGGUGUGCAGUGUGUAUUAGUGGGAGUCAUGUGCAGCCGGUCGACGGAUCUUUGAAACAAAUGAUAACUUUCUUCUUUCAAAAUGCUGAGAAGACUCGAUUGAACGAGGAGAACCAAGUGAUCUGGCGAGAUCUGCUGCUGCCCAUCCCCACCGACCCCUCACAGAAAAUGGAGGUGGGACGACUCCAGUGUCCUCUGCUGCUGGUUGUGGGGGAGGACGAUCAGAACUGGCCCGCCUACGAGUCUGCAAUGGACAUAAAGGAGAUGGUGCAGCGGGCGGGGAACGAUCACCUGCUGACCGUCCUGUCGUACCCGAAUGCCGGUCACCUGAUUGAACCUCCGUUCACGCCGUUCGCCCGAGCCAGCACCUUCAGAACAGUCUCCGCCAAACCUCAGACAAUGAUCGUUCUGUGGGGCGGAGAGCUGGUGGCACAUUCUCGCGCUCAGGAAGACUCCUGGAGGAAGACGCUGGUCUUUCUGAAGGAGAAUCUGUUCGGCGGCUCAAGCCCUGGUGCAACUUCAUUUUCCAACCUGUAACCAAGGCAACAUCUAUACGUCGGGGAAGGACUGCUAAGGGAGCCUCGGGUUCAGGAAGUAGAAGUCAUGUUUAUUUAUCCCCUUAGAGAAUAUCACAUGACUCACGUUUCAGGCUUUGAUUGAUACGAAAUGUUCCAAAAGAUGAUUAACUAUAUAAGAUAAUAUCCGGUAAUAAUAUUAGAGUUUAUCUAUAUAUCACUUAUCAGAAUCAUAGAUUACAAAAUGAUUUAAAAAGGAAAAUGUAUUUCAUACAUAGACUCAAGUUUACAAGUUUGGAAUCGCUGCUAUAUUGAUGUUUCUUUUCUUUCCUUAUUAAUUACUCUUUUAACAGAGAUAAAAACAAUAUAAUGUAGACGACAAAUGUUGUACUUGUUGAACUUUAAUUAUGGUUUACUCUUAAGUGGUUUGAACUGUGAUUUGUUCAGCUGAUAUUCCAGUAGAGCUAACUCUAGACUAACUUUCUGUUUCUAUUAUGAAGUUUGAAGAAGAGCCUUUGAUGAAGCAAAACCUUGUCUGUUAAUUCCAGCUCGUUAUCUGCUGCUUUAUUGUGAAAGACCUGACCUUGAAACAGGAAGUUGUUCCUGUUUAAAUCUAAGCUUUUAGUUUUAAUUUCUUCUCUUCUUAUACAACUGUAGCUCAGAGGGAUCUUUGUCUCUUUCAGUUGUCAUUGUGUUUGAACCAUCGUUCAGCGUUUUGCUCUCCAUCUACUCAAAUAAAUAACAUCUAUUAGUAAAGAGGACUUUGUAAAACCAUGAAAAAACAUUCAGAUAUAUGAGGAGUUCUCUUAGACAUCUGACUGGACACAGUCAAGAUGUAUAUAUCUGAUUUGGAAUACUAUCUCAUCCACCUCGUAAUGUGGUUUUACCCCCCCCCUCCAUCUUCAGGGUUUUUAUGUUAUCUAGCGCCUUUUCCUUUUGAGAUUGAAUGUACUCACUGUUUCAUUGGUUUGGAAAAAAGCGUCCAAAGAUAUUCAGUUUGCUGUGAUAGAAAAAUCAGAGAAAAACCAUCAAAUCCUCUCUCUGGAGAAGCCGACAGCAGAGAAUUGUUUAUUUAACUGAUUAUUCAAUCAUCAAAAUGCAGUUACUUUUUCUGUGGAUCAAUUCAUAAAGACAGAGAUCAGUUGAGGAAACCUUUUUUUUAAUCUGCAUUCUGUAAUAAAUUCAUAACAUCAAUAAAUUAAUAAAAAUCAUAGUUACGGUUUUUCACACAUCAAAUUCCUCUGUGUAAUUGAACUGCAGUUCAAACUCAAUAAAAUAUAAUUUCUUUGAAAAAUUGCUGUAGCAUGUUAUUUAUAUAAGCACAUUUCAUAUUAUUUUCUUCGCUAUGUGAUAAUGUUCUAUGUCUGUGUGAGUGAGUGAGUGAGUUUGCACCUCUGUGUCUGUCCGCGGCUAAUCUCCCACUUUUCUGCAGCACACUGCAUAAUAUUUUGAAUCCCAUCUACUGACCUUUCGUGGUUUUCUUGACUCUCUGCUCAGCUUUCGGUCACGAGGAGUUGAACUAUUUAUUCAGCUACAAAUACCCGAAACUCUACACUGCACUGCUCAGGCUGGUCUCAUCCACCAUUUGUAGCUAUACCUAAAAAAGAAUAAAGUGCCGUUAUUCAUAGAUA